AUGGUCCACAAACAUGCUUUUGAAGCUGUCGAUAGAACAUUCAAAGAUAUAUUAGGAGCAGAAUGUUCUGAAAAUGUAAACAAACCUUUCGGUGGAAAGACAUUUGUGCUUGGGGGCGACUUCAGACAAAUACUUCCGAAAUUUCCUGGGAUGCCAAAUCAUGAAAUUAAACUUAAAGUUGGUACUCCUAUCAUGCUUUUGCGUAAUCUUAGCCCGGCAGAUGGUCUUUGCAAUGGUACGAGAUUAGUUUGUCCCACCUCGCCAAAUCUUGCAAGCAAUGAAAUAUUAUAUCCAACUGAAUUUCUAAAUUCACAGAAAUUUCCUGGGAUGCCAAAUCAUGAAAUUAAACUUAAAGUUGGUACUCCUAUCAUGCUUUUGCGUAAUCUUAGCCCGGCAGAUGGUCUUUGCAAUGCAAUUUCUCGAGUUACUUCACCACAGGGACUUAAAAUCCUCAUUGAAAAUGAAGAUGGAAUAGAUAACAAUGUAACAGAGAAUGUUGUGUACAAAGAGGAUAAUGAUGUUCAAGGGAACAUAAAAGCAACUGAGAUAUCUAGGUUCAGACCAAUGAUAGAAGAAGGGAGGAUUCAUAUUCUUUCUAAGUUCAAAGUGAUAACUGCGUAUGGUGAUUAUCGAGCAACUCAAAACAAUUACUUUAUAUGCUUCUUUAGACAGACUGAAAUUAAGACAUAUUUCAUAGAUGUUGUAGGAAUUGUGAAGGAUAUAUACCCAUUGGAAGAUUCUACUACUGGAGGGAAAAGACAAACUAGAAGAUCGCUAAAAAUAAUUAAUGAUUUGGGCGAGGAAUGUACAGUGACAUUAUGGAACAAAAUUGCAUUGGAUUUAGAAGAUCAAACUCAACAGUAUGACCCAAAUAAUAUGGUUAUGAUAAUCACUGGAAUAUUUGUAACAAAUUUUCGAGGAAAUAAUACAGUUUCUUCUAGCAGCGCGUCGAGAGUAUAUAUCAACUUUGAUGAUCCAAAGGUGAAGGAUUUAUCUCAGAGAUAUCUCAAUGACAGUGAAGAAUUGUUGCAAAUAAUUCCUACCCCGGUCAACUACUCAGCAGAUCAACCACAGCUUAUAAAAGCAACAAAUGGCACAUUGAAUGAUUUACUUUUCUUCAAUGACCCUGGGACUUCGAAUGAAUAUUAUUUCAUUUGCGAAGUUAUUAUCAUUGGUAUUAUUGAGCAUAUGAAAUGGAGAUACAGUGGUUGCCCUGAUUGUUCAAAAAAAUCUUUAAUAGCUGGUAAUUCAUUCUGGUGUGAGAAAUGUAACAAACAAGUCAUGGCACAAAACUGUUAUAAGAUAACACUAGAGGUCGAAGAUUAUUCAGCCGUUUCCACAAUAACAUUAUUCAACAGAGAAGCUGAGAAAUUGUUUAAGGUUUCUGCUGAUGAAAUGGCUAAGAAUUUGGUGAAGAUUAAAGGAAAGGAAGUUUUCCCACCAUUGAUUAAGGGGAUUGUGGGUAAGAAAAUUAAAGUUCAGAUUAAGCUUACUAAAUACAAUUACAUUGAGGGUAAUGAAGGAUUCACAGUUAUGAAACUGAUAGAGGACUUACACGACAGAAAUAAAGAAAGCUACAUCGAAAAUACACCACAGGAUGUGUUCGCCCAGCAAAAUUCUGACGUUAUUAGCCUUACUGAAGAAGGACCACCAACAACUCCAUUGACUACUCCUAUUUCAAAAUCUGUUUUGAAAAAUACUACUAACGUAAUGAUAAAACCAAAGAUUGAGAAGGCAGUAAACAACAAUUUGGUUGUAAAUAACAGCAUUGAAGUGGAAGAAAAGUCUGGUAAUAUUGAGCAACUCAAAUUGCCAAUGCAAGAAGGAAAUAAGAAAAGGAGAACCAAUCGAAGCGGUGGAAAAGAGAACUAACAGGUGGAAGACUUCACAACAACUUCUGAAGAGUUUUCAACCUAA